AGAGGGGGCUGGACUUAUCUAGGGGCCUGGUUCCCAGGCAUGUAAGGAUUAUUUCUCCCUGAGGGCUGCACUGAAGCCAGGCCAGAGAGUUUGAGCUGUUCCCAUUUGUUCAUCCAGCUCCUGGAGAGUCGUCAUUGCCUUCAUUAUGGAUUGCUCUGGGCUAGUGAUGGAAGAGUUAGCAGGGUGGCCUGGAGUGGCUCUUAGCAGGCUGGUGCCAGCUGACACAUGCCACUUAGGUUUCCAAGGAGCCAAGCUGUCCCCACUCAUGCAUGGCUGAUGCACUUGUGGCUAAAUGCGGUGCCACCAGGGCCCCGGGCCAGAUUCAGGGCAGGAAAUAGAAUGCCAUCUCCAUCACCAGGGAAACAAUGGCCUGCGUGCAUGAUUUAAACCAGGGCCAACAAGAAAGCUCAAAGGCAGGGUCAGAAGAGGAAGGGAGACCAGAGGGUGGCUUGCAUGGAUUUUGUCUUGGGUUAUAACUGUUGACAAGCCACUUAGCUGCCCCCAUGUUUAAAUUUAUCUGCAUAUAAGAUGGAGGUAACAAUAUUUACGCAUCUCACUGGGGACUUAUGAAAACAACAUUUCUGACAGACCACUCAGGAUCCAUGGAUGGAAGGUGGUAUAACAAAGAGCGAGUGGAAGAGAAAGGAGCAAAACCAAAGCACGCGCUGAGCACCAGAGGCGUGCAAGCCGAGCUCAAGGGGCCUUGGGAAGAGAGCCAGAAGGUGGACCUGCCAGAGGGGACAGUGGAGAGGUUGCCCCCCAUCAGUGCUUCAGGGAUAGGAGCUGACCUCCUUACCCAGGCAGAGGCCUCACCAGGACAGGGAGACGGAGUUCCUGGCCCAGCCCAGGUACGCCCAGAAGUGGAAGCCAAAGCUCCUGUAGCAUCCAGCGAGAACCCCAGGACAGGCCUGGAAUUGUCUGUGGUGUCUGAAAGGGUCAGUGAGGCUCGCACCGGCCAGGAGGCUGCAUCGGGUGCAGGACGAAGAACAUCAUCCAGUAGGCCUGACCCUCGGCCCUCAGAGGAGGGCAUGAGGCUGACUCCAGCGCUGCCAGCCCAGGCCAAGUCAGCUCACGGUGGUGGAGAAACACCUCCAAGGAUCUCCAUUCAAGUGCACGAGACAGACACCCCUGGGGAGCUACUUGUGACACGAGGCGGCAGCCUCAGGACCACGCCCCCUGCAGAGGCUCCAGCAGCUGCCCAUCCAGGUGAGCAGGACUCACCUGGGCCCAGGUGCUGCCCCCAGGCCCCUGGGACUGAGUCAGGAAAACAUACCCCAAAAGGAGCCGGGGUGUUUUCCCCACUGUGGAAGCGGAGCAGCGACUGCGGAGCAAAGGCCAAAGAGAAGCAGGGAUCUGGGCCCGAGCCCUCCAUGGCACCAAGCAGGGCCUGGAGGGACAAGGGAGCCGAUGCCAGGACCCCAGGCCUGCAGCAGGAUACAGGCCCAGGAGCAGGGAACUCUGAGCCUGGAAAAGACUGCACAGCCAGAGCAACGAGCAGAGCCGAAGCAGGAAGGAGGACACCCCCGGGAGCUGAGGCGGGCAGCCUGUUUCUGGACGACAGUCCAGCCCCGCCAGCCCCCUUUGAGCAUCGGGUGGUGAGUGUGAGGGAGACCUCGACCUCAGCGGGCUACACAGUGUGCCAGCACGAAGUCCUGGGAGGGGGCCGGUUUGGCCAGGUCCACAGAUGCACGGAGAAGGCCACGGGCCUCUCGCUGGCAGCCAAGAUCAUCAAAGUGAAGAGUGCCAAGGACCGGGAGGAUGUGAAGAACGAGAUCAACAUCAUGAACCAGCUCAGCCAUGUGAACCUGAUCCAGCUCUACGAUGCCUUUGAGAGCAAGAACAGCUUUACCCUUGUCAUGGAGUAUGUGGAUGGGGGUGAGCUCUUUGACCGGAUCACAGAAGAGAAGUACCACCUGACUGAACUGGAUGUGGUGUUGUUCACCAAGCAGAUCUGCGAGGGUGUGCAAUACCUCCAUCAGCAGUACGUCCUGCACUUGGACCUCAAGCCUGAGAACAUACUGUGUGUCAAUCAGACGGGACACCAAAUUAAGAUCAUCGACUUCGGGCUGGCCAGAAGGUACAAGCCUCGUGAGAAGCUGAAGGUGAACUUUGGCACUCCCGAGUUCCUGGCCCCGGAAGUCGUCAAUUAUGAGUUUGUCUCGUUCCCAACGGACAUGUGGAGUGUGGGAGUCAUUACCUACAUGCUGCUCAGUGGUUUGUCCCCAUUUCUAGGGGAAACAGAUGCAGAGACCAUGAAUUUCAUUGUGAACUGUAGCUGGGAUUUUGAUGCUGACACCUUUGAAGGGCUGUCAGAGGAGGCCAAGGACUUUGUCUCCCGGUUGCUGGUCAAAGAGAAGAGCUGCAGAAUGAGUGCCACACAGUGUCUGAAACAUGAGUGGUUGAAUAACUUGGCUGCCAAAGCUUCUAAAUCGAAAGUUCGUCUCAAAUCCCAACUAUUGCUGCAGAAAUACAUGGCUCAGAGGAAAUGGAAGAAACACUUCUACGUGGUGACUGCUGCCAACAGGUUAAGGAAAUUUCCACCUUGUCCCUAAUCCUCAACUCUGCUGCUCCCAUGGGCCCAGAAAUUACUGAGACUGGUGGUGAAGUCAUGACUGAAGAUUUUUAAUAAUCUGGCCUUCUACUUAUUUUGUAAAAAAAAGGUUACGGCUGUUGCCUUCCUUGUGGAUGAAAAGUGGCUGUAAAGAGACUGACCUAAGAACUUUUUUCUGACUUAUAAGAUCAGUUGAAAUGCUGUGAUUACUUUUCAAGUGUACCUACUUUGGUGAUAAGUGUAGGCAUGCUUUAGGUAGGUAGGAAAGCUUCUACUUUGCAUAUGUCAAAUUUAAAGUCUAAGCUUACUCUGGUUAAAGAACCCAGUGGACUAUCACACAGGACAUGUUAGUCAGUGUUACCUCCUCCAGUGCAAAGAAUUCCUAGCAUUUUGACUUGCUCAAGUGUGAGCUGACAUUUUGUACUACAUUUGUUGCUCUAGUGUGAAGCAAUGUGGAUUUAGGGCAGAGAUCCUCAAACUUGUUUUAACUUGUGCUCUCUUUUGAGAAUCAAAACAUGCAUCCUUUAAUAUUCUUUGAAAUUUCAAAAUGUACUGACUGUCAUGGCUAUAUCAGAGCAAUGAUAGUUUCGAAUAUGCUUUUAAAAUCUGUACAUACCUCUACCCUCUCCUAAUUCUGCCCUGUCCUGACAUUGGCAGUCUCUCUCCUGAUCUCUCUUCCACAGUUAUGAAUCUAUGGUUUAGUAAGUCUGGGAACUGAUAUGUAACAUGUGAAAGAGAGACAAGAAUGUAAUGAUGUUCUGCUUUCUGAGAGAAACACAGAAAUGAUGCAUCAAGAGAAAACAAGUGAAAACUGCCCUCCUACUGUUUUA